GAAGGUGACCCUGCUAGUUGUGGGCUUGGACAAUGCAGGCAAAACCACCCUGGUCACGGAGCUCCAGAGAGCGCUGGCCGGCGAGGCGCUGCCCAUGGCAAAGCCCGGCCAGACCCACCUCCGCGUGGACCGCUUUGAGGUGACGCUGCUGGACCUGCCCGGGACACAGCGGGCCCGUGGCGCCUGGCGCAGCCACUAUGGCGCUGCCCACGGGCUGCUCUUCGUGCUUGACGCCAGCGCCCGUGCACGCAUGGAGGAGGCCAGGAAGGCCUUGGCUCGCGUCCUCAGCCAUCCCAAGGUGUCCGGGAAGCCGCUCUUGCUGCUGGCCAACAAGCAGGACGAGGCGGACGCGCUGCUGCCCUGCGAGCUCAUCGAGUGCCUCUCCCUGGAGCAGCUCGUGAACGCCAGAGGAGAGCGCCAAGGGCGCCACAAGGAGGAAGAGGAAGGCGAAGGCGAGGAAGAAGGGCUUGGGGCCAGCCAGGGGCUCAGUUGA